AUCAUGAAUUUUUCUUCUGGGCUUUCUGAUUUUCAAACUUAUUUUUAAUGCCGAGCUUUCGGUUUUGAGAUUUAUUUUGAUCACUACUUGUUCUCAGUGAUAGUUUUAUUACCUUUUCCCCUACUUUUCAAAAUCUUCAUGAGAUGAUGUUGUUUCAGCAGCAGCCACUAAAUUCAAAUUCUUGUUGCUCUCUUUUAAGAUCUUUCGCUCAUUUUUUUCCUCUGUUAUUGAAAGGGAAUAUUGGAGUGGUUAAGCCUAUGGAAUUAGGUUCAACUCCAAAGCCUCCUAUGUUGGAGAAAAAGGCAAGGCCUCAGAAAGAUCAAGCUUUGAACUGUCCAAGGUGCAAUUCAACCAACACCAAAUUCUGCUACUACAACAACUAUAGCCUCUCUCAACCCAGAUACUUCUGCAAGACUUGUAGAAGGUAUUGGACUGAAGGUGGCUCUCUCAGGAAUGUUCCUGUGGGUGGAGGUUCCAGAAAAAACAAGAGACCUUCUUCUUCUUCCUCUGCUUCCUCAACAUCAACAGCAUCCAAGAAGCUUCCAGAACCUUCCCCUCAGAACCCCAGCAACAAGAUCCACCAGGCCCAGGAUCUUAACUUGGCUUACCCAACACCACCAUCACUGCCUCCUCCACAACCUGACAUUUCUGGCACUUCUAAUUCUUCGAGGGGUUUGAUGAAUUCCUUGAUGCCCAUGUCGGUUUCAUCAGAUGGAAGCAUGAUGUAUAACAGUAAUAGUAAUUCAGCUCAUCAUCAUGGGUUUCCUUUCGAGUUCAAGCCCCAUCAUCAUCAAGGGCUUAAUUUUAGCUUCGAGGGGUUUGAGAAUAAUGGGUUUGGAAGUGGUCUUCAUCAUCAUCAGGGAAUGCAAUUGGGUAAUUCUGCUGGUGGUGCAAGGAUCUUGUUUCCUAUUGAAGAUUUGAAGCACGUGCCAAGCACUGCAACCAGUCAUGAGUUUGAUCAGCAAAAUAAUAGAGCUGGAAGCCAUGGAGAUCCAAGUGGGUUUUGGAAUGGCAUGUUAGGUGGAGGAGCGUGGUAGAGAAAUAGAAAUUCUUUUGUAUCCUACAGUGUAUUUUGUACAUGGACUGAUCAGGGUUUAAGAUUUAGUUCUCACGAUCUGAUACAUUGACCUGAUCAUUUCACAUGCAUGAAACACUGUAUAGUACUUAAGAAUUUCUUUUACUAGGUAUAUUAGAAAAAGGAUAAGUGAAGGAAAGUUAUAAGAAAAAAGAAAAAAAGAAAAGGAGGAAGAAGAAGAAAAAGGUGAACAAGGGAGGUGGGUGCUUUUGGACUUUGCUUAGUUUUCUUUUCCUUCAUCAUUUGGUGAGUGACUGUGUUUUGGAGUGAUAAGAGAAAACCACUAACAAAUAGGGUACUUCUUCGAUCUGCUUUGGUUAAAUCUUCUUCAACAAUCCAUUUCAUUUUAAUUUGUUCUUACUCUUCGAAGGCUUUGGUCUCUAGUUUCCAUAAGGAUUUGAUCCCAGGAAGAAUUAAUGUGGAUGCACGCAUGUCCAUUUUAGGUUAACCCCUAUGAUAUCUUGUUUAUUAAUUCUUGGCUUAUUAUACCCCCAAACAAGAACUCCACUUCCUGAUCGAUCAUCAACUUCAACCUCAGAUCAAAGGGUUUAAUUUCACAACGGGUCAACAUCAAUCUACAUGGAUACUGGCUAGCUACAUAUUCUGCUGCAUUUAACGUCAUCAUGAUCCAUCAGGUUUGAACAGAUCUAUAAGCUCUCGUGGAUGCAUGGGUCAGAUAAUAUUAUAAGCUGACAGAGAUCUUAGUCGGUGUAUGUGCAAUUUAAUAUGGUUGUUUUUAAGUAGGGCAACUUGAUUACUAUAUUCCCCAGGUUAGUGCCCAUUAAUUUUAUUUUGUAAAUUGUAACUAUGGGAUUUAAUUAUAUUUAUGGUUAAUCUUGGUUUUGGUUUUA